CCCGCUACAUCCGUUUCUCUGGCCCAACCCUAUGUACCCAAUGGCUUCCAGUGGACAAAAGGAAAAAUCAAUGCACCAUUGACAUUUCCCCUUCGGGUACUGAAGGACCGAAUCUGACACUGCGAUGGACGCUGGAAAUAAGAAGGGCUACGCGUGGGCAGUCUCAGCCGGACUUAACGCAGCUCUUGCUGCCAUUUCCGCAAAGCUAUUCACCUCUCAAUUUGUUAGAUAUGGCCUGGUGAUAUUAUUCAAUGUGACAAUGUGGGGAUGUUAUGUAAACAGCCUUAAAGCUCUCUCAUCUCUACAGGCUACCGUAACAAACUUCGCUACCAACUUCCUCUCAUCUGGUCUAGCUGGAUACUUCUUGUUUGAAGAAGCAUUGUCAUUUAAGUGGCUUGCAGGUGCCCUGCUCAUUGUAAUUGGCGUUCUCGUUCUUAGUAAGUCAAGUAUUGAGAAGGAACGCAUAGAGUAAUAAAGCAUCUGUAUUCCACUUUGCUCAUAUAGUCAACAGUAUAUCUGGUGUAACAAAGCCUUUUUGGUGGAAUUUGUAGCAAAGAACGAUGAUUUAUGUUUGGGAAAACAGGCAUCUAUGUCCUAACUACAAAAAGAAAGGGCCUCAUUUUGGUGUAAUUCUAUGGUUAUUUACAUUC